AUGAGGAGCAGCCAAAUAAUUAGUCUCGCGCUCCUUGCGCCAAUCUCCCAAGCAUACGUUUGGCCCAGCAAAUACGAUGACCUCGAUGACCUCCUGUACAUGCAAUUUGGUUAUGUCAGAAAUGGACAGCUUUCAGAUCGUACGUAUUCCAAUACUGAUCCUCUGACCACAACUCACACAACGAUAGAGGUUCAGAGCUGCGAUUUUGGCGCCAAACAACCUGGCGUACAGAAGGCAGCACAGUGGGUGCGAACUGCCUUUCACGAUGCGGCGACUUACGAUGCGACAACCAAGAUCGGUGGCUUAGAUGCCUCGAUCCAAUACGAACUUGACCGACCGGAAAACCUGGGUGCCGCAUUGAAUUCUACCUUGGCAGAUAUCUCAAGUCUGGUCACGACCCGGUCCUCAGCAGCGGAUUUGUUGGCUUUGUCGCUAGUAAUGUCUGUAGCUCGUUGCGCCAACAUGCGCGUCCCAUUACGACUGGGUCGCAAGGACGCAACAGAGGCCGGCAUCAAGGGUGUACCCGAAGCCCACACCGAUCUUGACACUUCUCGGAAGAGGUUCGCCACCAUGGGUAUGGACGAGGCCGACAUGAUAACGUUGAUUGCCUGUGGUCACAGCAUUGGUGGAGUUAAUUCGGUUGAUCACCCCGAAAUCGUUUCCGGACCAGUCAGCCCCGAGAACAAGGCCAGCUUCGACACUACUAAAGGCGCCAUGGACAACCAAGUUGUACUCGAGUACCUGGAUAAUUCCACAGCCAAUCCCUUGAUCGUCAAUGCCAACGACACGCUCAAUUCCGACAAACGCAUAUUUGCUGCCGAUGGCAAUGCAACCAUGCGCAAGCUCGCAGACAAGGCAUAUUUUAAGUCUAAGUGCGAAAACGCUUUCGAGAGGAUGCUCAACCUCGUACCGGGAGACGUUACGCUUUCAGAGCCUAUUGAACCAGCUGACAUUCGCCCUUUCAUUACGCAGUAUGCGCUCAAUGCAAAUGGUUCUAUUGAAUUCUCUGGCCGCAUCCGUGUUCGCACCACGCCCGUUACCGGCCGGGAUACGAACAACCUGACUGCCUCGAUCAUCCUGCCCUCGCGCAGCGGCAGCAGCCCAACUGAAGUUGUCGCGAAACAGGCCACCUACAAGCUGGGUCAAACCUAUGGAUACCUAGACGAGGUAUUCCUGUGGUUCGAAUUCAAGACAGUAAUUCCUGCGAGCGCAGCUAUUAGCUCUUUCAACAUCCGCGUCAACGACGAUGUUUACGACAAUGCCGGAACUGGCGGAUACCCCGUCAACCCCGAUGUGCUCUAUCAAGCGCCGCAAUCCUGCACAUUCGCAGACCCAACCACGAAACAAUGGUCGAUAACAAUGGUUGCUGCCGUGUCAAAAAGUCUUCUGCAGGGUGGAGCUGAGCCUCAACUCAACGUCGUGAAGAAGCCGAGGAAGCCGCGCAGCUUUCUUCCUGAAUUGACGCCGGAAAUAGUGAAGAUGGAGCACGCGGGUAAAGAGACAGCAGAGUAUGUCUAUUUUACUGCCACAACUCCUUUAUCCACCGAUGGUCUCGACCCCAGGGUGGAUAUUGAGGUUGGCGAUAGUAAAGUGGAGUAUAUUUUGACAACUGCUCUGACGCAGCAAAAGUGUGCGGCUUUGUAG